AUGGAUCUGGUGAAGGGCUGCCUUUCUUGCUUGCAAAGCCCUGCUGUGCUUCAGCACAUGAGCUUUGUGUUCCACCCCAAAGAGAAAGUUGAUGAUUUGAACAACGCCAUGAAAGAUCUCAUGGCCAAGAAGAGGGAUAUUCAGAGAGAGCUUGAUAAUCCUCAAAACAGGGGGAAACUAUGUAGCAAUCAACUUGAACGCUGGCUUCUCAAGGCUGGUAAAACGGAAGAAAAGGUAAAUCAAUUAUUGGAGGAAUAUAGCAAAGGUAAUUGUGAUACAGGCUCUUGGUUUCAAAAUUGUUAUUCAAGGUAUAACAUUGGCAGUGAAGCUUUCAAAUUAAAAGAGGAGAUAACUCAGUUGACAGAAGAUCAGCCAGAAAUCAAAUUUACCGACAUACCACAGCCUGAACCAGUCUCUGAAUCAAAUAAAAUAGUGGGGGAAAAAAUCGUCUCCAACCUUAAUGUUGCUUGCAGUUACCUGGCAGAGAAAACAAACGAUAUAAUUGGCAUAUGGGGCAUGGGGGGUGUGGGCAAGACCACACUCUUGAAAAAAAUCAAUCAAUCAUUGUCAGAUGAUGAUGCAAACAUGGGAUUUGAUCAUGUGCUAUUUAUCCAAGCUUCACAAAAUGCUCAGUUGAAAGAACUUCGGGAAGAGAUUGCUAAAAAGUUGCAUUUGCCCUCUUCUGCUGGUCAACAAGACAUCUUCAAUGCCCUGAAAACUAAGAAAAUUGUAUUGCUCUUGGAUAAUAUAUGGGAGCCAGUAGACCUUGUUGGUCUUGGAAUUAUCAAUCCUUAUGUGUGCAAUAAUGGUUCUAGCAAAGCAUACAAAUAUAAAGUGAUGUUCACUACUCGAUCAGAAGAUGUGUGUGCCCGGAUGGAGGCAAGCAAAAGAAUUAAAGUGGAAUGCAUGGAACCAGAUGAAGCAUGGGCUCUUUUCAAGCACAAUGUUAAUCAAGAAGUUAUUGAGUCAGAUGAAAAGUUGAAAGAAAAAGCUUGGCAAGUGAUGAACAAGUGUGGUGGUUUGCCACUUGCUCUGCAAGUGGUCGGUAAGGCCAUGUCUAACAGAAAUACUGUCCAAGAGUGGGAUGAUAUUUUGAGCUCGCUAAAAAUUUCAGGUAUUGAAGGUGGGCAGAAAUCAGUACUUCCGAUUUUGAAAUUAAGUUAUGAUAAUCUACCUAGAGAUAUUCAGGAGUGUUUCUUGUGUGCGUCCAUUUUGCGAUUGUCAUUAUCUACAGAUGGUUUGUUGAGAUUAUGGAUGGGUUUAGACCUGAUCGGUGAUUUUGACAAUUUACAACAAGCUUAUGGCAAAGCAAGACAUAUCUUUAAGAAGCUAGAGGAAUCAUGUUUAUUGUGUUCUUCUGAUGGUGAUUCUGUGAGCUUACAUGAUGUAAUUUAUGAGAUGGCAGUGUGGAUAGCAUCAGACUGUGGGAUGAACAUGAAUAAAUGGAUAGUUAAAAUUGAUGGGGGGAUGAACAUGUAUAAAUGGAUAUUUAAAAAUGAUGGGCCCAUCGUUGAAAUAUCAUCAAUCAAUGCAGAGAACUGGAGUUUCGCAAACCGAGUGUUUAUAAGUGGGGAGGUGGAGCAUUUGCCAAUUUUGUCUCAUCUGUGUUCUGAUUUGUUGUGUUUAAUAAUACGAUUUAAUUUUUGUUUCAAAAAUAUUCCUGAAGGAUUUUUCAAACAGAUGCCAAAUUUGACAUAUUUGAAUCUUCAAGACACUGGUAUCAAAGAGCUUCCAAAGGACAUCAAAUGUUUAGUUAAUUUACAGUACCUAAACAUUUCAGGCACAGAGAUCUCAUCACUUCCAAAUGAGUUGGUAUAUUUGAAGAAAUUGCAAUAUCUGAUAUGCACAUAUUUGGAAGGGCUUGGCAACGUAAAGGAAAAUCUCAUAUCAAGAUUACAGAAGUUGAAGGUCAUUGAUGUAUUUCCAUCAGGGUGGGUAGACUUGGAACAGUUACAGAAAUUGAAGAAACAUGUCAAAGCCAUAGGAAUGCGAGUAGUAUCACAAGAGGUUUUCCAACAACUCUCAUGUUUGCCAAUUACUAAGCUUUGUCUAUACAAUUUGGAUAUCAUCUCUCUUUCAUUUGACACUUUAAGUUGCAAAAAUCAUGGAUUCUUGCAGAAACUAAAAAUUGAAUCAUGCCCACAGCUUGAGCAGAUUGUGAUGAAUGGAAGGAAGACUCAUCUCAAUAAGCUUGAAAUAUUUAAUGUUGAAAAACUGCAGAACAUUAUUUGGACAGAUCUAUCUCCUCCAGAAUUUUUUCAUGUGUUGAAGUCAUUAUAUGUCUCAGGAUGUAAUUUGGAUAAUUUAGCUUGGCUCCUGCAUCUCCCAUGUCUAUCUUCUUUACAUAUACAAGAUUGUGCGGAGAUCGAAACGUUGUUUUACAUCAAGGAGGAGAGAGAAAUCCAACAACAAGAAGUCUCUGAACAUCACCAAACAUUCCCUGCUCUGGAAUAUUUAUAUUUAAAAAACCUACCAAAAUUUGUGAGCGUAAGCAAUUUUGAAUUGGAUUUCCCUCUACUUUUAUACCUUGAUGUACAUGAUUGUUUGGAGAUAGAAACAUUGUUUUACAUCGAGGAGGAGAGAGAAAUCCAACAACAAGAAGUCUCAGAACACAGCCCAACAUUCCCUGUAUUGAAAUCUGCAUUUAUAACAAAGCUACCAAAAUUAGUGAGCAUUAGCAAUUUUGCGUGGGAAUUCCCUCAACUUGAAAAUCUAGCAGUGCGUCAAUGUUUUAAUCUAAAGAAGUUACCAUUCAAGAGUGGCAUUAACGACAACAAUCAAAGAAUGAUAUUGAUUGAUUGUAAGAGAGAAUGGUGGGAAAGCUUAGAGUGGGAUGAUGCCACCAUCCCAUCUGACCUUUGGCCAAAUUUCUACCCGGAUGAGUACUCUGAUGAAUGCACGACUAGUGGAAGUGAAUGA